AUGGAGAGCGAGCUUGACUGUAAGCUCAAAGAGAUAAACACUAAGUUGGAGGCCCUGGAGAAAGGCAGCGUCCCCGAGGAGAGUUUUAGGCCCGGCCAACACCCUUUCAUGGCUGAAAUCAUGAGGGUUGAACUCCCCCGCCACUUCAAACCUCCCACAUUCGAGGCUUAUGAUGGGAAGGGCGAUCCCAACGACCACAUUAGUUACUUCAACGCGAUGAUGACGGCGUACGGUGGAUCUGACGUCGUAUCAUGCCGCUCCUUCCCAACCUCACUUAAGGGGCCAGCAGCGCUCUGCUUCGCCAAGCUGAAGCCCAACUCCAUCAGAAGCUUCACGGAGUUGGCCAAGGCAUUUGUGAGUUGCUUCCAGAGCAGUGUUAAACAAAAGAAGAUCGCUGCCAACCUGCUGGCAGUAAAACAACGACCUGAUGAGUCCAUGAGAGACUACAUCAAGCGUUUCAAUGGAGAGGCUUUGGAGAUCAAGGACCUGGAUGAUGCCAUGGCCUUCAACACCCUGCAUAACGGGGUAACCAACCAUGACCUAGUGAAGUCGCUCGCUCUUGACCCGGUCACCACCAUGCCCAAGUUGCUGGAUCACUGCUAUCAGUAUGCCAACAUGUUUGAUAUCAUGAAGGCGCAAAAGACAGCUGAUCCCAAGGCUCCAGAAAAGAAAAGAGCAAGCGAGAAGGAGGAGAAGAAGAAAGACACUAAGAGGUCGAGGUUAGAUCGAUACUCAGACCGAGACCAAAGCUCGAAUUGUACGCCCCUCAACACCAGUAAGACGAAGAUCCUGAUGGAGGUGUAUGAUCGAGGUCUGCUGCAGUGGCCUAGACCAAUGUUCUCUAGGCCUAAGGACAGGAACAAGAAGAAAUACUACAAGUUCCACGAAGACGUCAGUCACGACACAGAGGACUGCAGGUAG